ACAAAUUGUUACUCUUUGUUUAUGUUGUUUUUUUUUUGUAUUUUCUUUUUUUCUCCCUCACUGAUUAUCUAGUGAAUUAAUUGUUGUUUGUUUAAUUGUCAAUUCUAGUGAUGGCAAUUCGUGAUAUGAAGAAGGACGAUAUUGUCAUAUGGAAGAAGCCAUUUACUACAUUGGAUUAUUUUCUUCGUGAAACUUUUCUCCUUACAAUCCAAGGAAUCAUUUGGUUGAGGGGACAUUUUCUCUCUGCAAUAAUUUUCUUAAUCUCUGUUACAUUGUUGAUCUUCUAUUCAAAUCAAAUAGAAUCACCUUUGAUUAAUUCAUUUAAAACACAAGUAUUAUGGUCACUUUAUUGGCUUGGUUUGGGUAUUUUAUCAUCUGUCGGUUUGGGUACCGGUCUUCAUACUUUUAUACUCUACCUUGGACCUCAUAUUGCAAAGGUAACCCUCGCUGCCUAUGAAUGUGGUAGUUUAAGAUUCCCUGAGCCUCCCUAUCCAGAUGAAAUUGUCUGUCCAGAUAUUCCCGAUACAAGGCCGGUAACUCUUUGGGAUAUCAUGUCAAAGGUCCGAUUGGAAGCAUUCAUGUGGGGAGCAGGUACAGCAUUAGGUGAACUGCCGCCUUAUUUUAUGGCCAAAGUUAAACGUUUAUCUGGAGAGGAGAUGAUUAAAGAAUCAAAGAAGGACAAAAAUGUUCCAGCGAAAGCAAAGACUAAUAAUAAAAAGAUGAAUCUACUUUCUAGGAUAAUGAACGAGAUUUCCGAUACAUUUGAAAAAGCCUCUUCAUGGGUACAAUUUCUAGUGGAGAAAGUUGGUUUCUUUGGAAUAUUAUUUUGUGCCUCUUUUCCUAAUCCCGUCUACGAUUUAGCGGGUAUAACAUGUGGACACUUUUUGGUUCCCUUUUGGACCUUCUUUGGGGCAACACUAAUCGGUAAAGCGGUGAUUAAAAUGCACAUUCAGAAGCUAUUUGUGAUCAUUGCAUUUGAUGAAAAUCUAUUGGAACAUUUUAUCGAUAAAAUCAAAGAUUUACCAAUAUUAGGAGAUUAUCUUCAUAAACCAUUCAGAGAUUUUUUAAUCAAUCAAAAGGAGAGACUUCACAGUAAAGUUGUCACCAAACCUCAUUGGAUCGCAUCUUUAUUUGAGAAAUUAGUUGUGGCGAUGAUUAUUUAUUUCAUUUUAUCGAUAAUUAAUUCGCUUGCCCAAAAAUACCAUUCCCGGAUUACGAAUACAUUGACAAAAUCAUCUAAACCUUUAUCGUCAACCUCAAAAUCCAUUUCACAAUCAAGUAAAUUGUCAUCAUCAAAGUCUCCAUCUCCAUCAACUUUGACAUCCAACAAAUCAUCAAACAUUGACACUCUCGAUUCAUCAUUGAACAAACGAAAAAAGAAAAGGAGAUAAAAAAAAUUAACGUUGAUUAGUUAAUUCUCAAUUAGAUAAUAUAAAUAUUAAUACAAAAAGGAAGGAUUCAGAAAGAGACUACUCAAGAACAAAUCAAAUCUAUUUAAGUCAACAAAGUGCAAAAAAAGAAUCAAUUUAACCAGUGAAUUAACCCAAUUUCUCAAUGAAAAUGGAAUCCAUUUGCCACCCACCGGUUAUUAUAAUUGAUUAUCGAUAAUCUUUCAUAAUUUACUCUUUUCGAAGUCAAAGAAAAAAAAAUGAUAAUAAUUAUGUAUUUGUCUUUACACUCACUCUCUUUAUCGUCCUUAAUCCUGAACUAUUUCAAUAUAAGAUGAGGAUUAAUGAUCGAUUACAAUUAAAAGGGAAUACAAUUAAUAA